AUGUCGCACAUCCCAGACAAAAGAAAACCCUCCUCCUCAAUACCAGGAGACACACCCUACAAACGAUCGCGAGUCUCCUACGCAGACGACGACAACGAAGAGUACGCCUCGCAGUCACCCGCCGCCAUGACCCACGAACGCCCGCGAAACAACCCUCUCUACGGACAAAAGAGCGCGUUUCCGGGCCUUGAUGUUGAUGCGGAGGGGGAGCUGUUUUAUGGCCCUGCGGAGGAUGGUUUGGAGUAUUUGAGGAUGGUCCGGUCCGAAGCAAAUUCGCUACCGUUGCUAUUUACCGCGCCGAAGACUCAGACGACAGAAACACAGACGAUCCAAACCGAGCAAACCACAACAGAAGAACAAGUCAACGACACAUGUGAAGAAUCUACACACCAUGAAGACCAUGAAGGAACCUACGUUGACGGCGUCUUCGUCGCGCGCAGCACGCCCGCCGCACUCCCAACAUCACCACCCUCUGUAUACCCCGAAGCCCAACAAUCGUACUACACCCUCCUCCAUCACCGCUUUCUCCUCCUCCGCUCAAUCCUAAAAUGUACACCUCCACCAACCUCCAUCCCUCUCCUCGACGACUCCCACCCGAUCUCCCUCCCGCGACACUCCAAAAUCGCGCGCAAAGAAUGGCGCAGUCUACUACUCUCCGUCGACCCGCAGACUGUUCAACUAGCGUGCAUGGAUAUGGAAAGUGUACUCGGUGUACUGGGGAUCAUGGCGAGGCUUAUGUCGGAGAAUGUGAGGAGUGGGGAUAUUGUGAGGAUAAGGCGGAUCGGGGCUUGGGCUUGGGGGUUGCUGGGGAAGUGUAGGGAGGUUGGGCAGUUGGGAACGGAGGAGGUUGGGGAGAUUAGGGAUUUGGGGAAGAGGGCUGUGAAGAUUCUGGGGAAGAUGAGAGAGGAUGAACGUGCGGUGCAGGAGGAGGAUCAGGAGUCGGUUGAUGAUGAGGACCAGGAUGAGGAGCAUGUUGGGGAGCAGAUUGAGGAAACAGAAACAGCCGACAGUGAACAAGCUGCGUCUGCUGAAAGCGAAGCGCCGGAUCACGACAUGAAAGACGCCGGAGCGGAGAAUACAACCGAUGAACUAGAAGCAGCCAAGGCGCGACUUCAGGCAAAAAUCCAGGGGAACGUGGACGAGGAUUGUCAGGUGCAAACACAUUCUGACACAGAGGAAAAUCCUGGUGAGGUGGCCAUGCAGACUCGAGCUAUGCUGGAUAUGAUCAUCACGGUGGUAGGCGAGUACUACGGACAGAGAGAUCUGUUGGAGGCCAGGGAGAUAUGGCAGAGUAUUCAGAUACCCAAGCAAGCAUACCACUAG